UGGUUGAGAGUUGCUGUUUGCCACUUUCAUCAGCCUGUCUGUAGCAAACUCCCGAUCCCACAUGGAUUAUAAGCAUAUUUGAAUAGAGUUUACAGUUUCAAGUAAAUUUCUUCGGCCUUAGUUAAUCCUACUUCUAUUUUCAUAGGCUCAUAGAAUCUAGCCAAUAUGGUGUUAUCUUGCCGGUUUUACAAGGAAAAAUAUCCUGAAGUUGAAGAUGUGGUUAUGGUCAAUGUACGUAGCAUAGCUGAAAUGGGAGCCUAUGUUCAUUUAUUGGAGUAUAAUAAUAUCGAAGGCAUGAUUCUUCUUUCUGAAUUGUCAAGGCGACGUAUUCGUUCCAUCAACAAACUCAUCAGAGUCGGAAAAACGGAACCUGUUGUUGUCAUCAGAGUUGACAAAGAUAAAGGGUAUAUUGACUUGAGUAAACGACGAGUAUCUGCUGAAGAUGUAGAAAAAUGUACAGAACGAUUUGCCAAAGCUAAGGCAGUGAAUUCGAUUUUACGUCAUGUUGCCGAGCUAUUGCAUUAUGAUAGCGACGAACAGCUGGAGGAAUUGUACCAGAAGACAGCUUGGUACUUUGAAGAAAAAUAUAAAAAACAGAAGGCAUCAGCCUAUGAUUUCUUUAAACAAUCAGUAUUGGACCCUUCCAUCUUGGCCGAGUGUGGCUUGGAUGAUCACACUAAAGAAGUAUUGUUGAACAAUAUCAAGCGGAAACUCACAUCUCAAGCCGUCAAGAUUCGUGCUGAUGUUGAAGUUGCUUGCUACGGUUACGAAGGCAUAGAUGCUGUCAAAACUGCAUUAAAAGCUGGUUUGGCUCUGACGACAGAAGAAUUGCCGAUCAAAAUCAAUUUAAUAGCCCCUCCGUUGUAUGUCAUGACAACCUCUACACCUGAGAAACAAGACGGUUUAAAGGCAUUGAAUGAUGCCAUAGAGGUGAUUAAGGAAAAAAUUAUAUCCCUUGGAGGUGUAUUCGACAUUCAAAUGGCGCCAAAAGUUGUGACAGCAACUGACGAAGCUGAGUUGGCAAGACAAAUGGAGCGUGCCGAACUCGAAAAUGCAGAGGUGGCAGGUGACGAUGAUGAAGAAGAAGCUGAGGGUAUGGGUGACUUCAGUGGGGGCGAAGAAGGUGAAGAUGCGGGAAAGGGCGGUAACGAUUCUCAGGAGGAUGAUUAAACAAUAUGCGAAACAAACGAAUUUGUAUUCAUCCUUCUCUAUGUGACCGCAUCUGGCGAGUAACUUUAUCAAGUGCAGAAUCACUUUCAUUGACUUUAUGAUACAAGAUUUUACAAAUAAAGUGAAAAAUAUUAUAAGAA